UCAGUCCGAUUUUCGAGUGCGCCGCGUUAAGAUGAAUCUAUUUGUGAACGGAAUUUUGUUGCUGCUGCUGCUGGCGGCGAUGUUGCUGCCACCCACGGAGGCAGCUGUUGCACGUGGCAUAUUCAAGGAUCCGGCGCAUCCCGGCAAGUGCUUCAUCAAGCCCAAUCUCAUACUGAAUCCGGGCGAGCGUGCCAAAUAUCCCGAUAUGGAAUGUGCGCGCAUUAUUUGUGCAGAGCACAGCAUGGCGGAAAUACACACCUGCGGCGUUGAGGCCCCGCCCCCUGGCUGCAAGAUGGGCGCAGCCAAAUUCCCCGAGGCCGAUUAUCCCAAGUGCUGCGAACGCCAAAUCGUUUGUGUCAAGUAAAGUGAAUCACUCGCAAAAGCUAUUGAAUAAAUAUUUUCAAUAUUUUA